UACAACAACUUCUAUUAGAGUAUGUGUAGUAUGAGUAGUAGUGUGUUAUACUAUAAGUAUUGUUAUGUAACUGGUCAGAGUUAUAUUCCUUAUCAGAGUCUUAGAAGUUAGGUAAUUUCUGUAUUAGUAUCAGGGUAAUUAUGAAAGUCAGCAUUCUCGAUGAUUUCGGUUAACAUGACAUCAAUGUUGUUGAGGUACAAAGUCGGAAAUAGGGGAGUGGCUAAGAUGGUGAACAAGUGGGCCGUGGCAGCAUUCUACGUGUCCUUCUCUGUGGGCUUGGGCCCACUUACAAUGGUGCACAGUACCGAGGCACUACCAUUCAAGGUGAGAGCUCAGGUGGUAGGAAUCGUCGUGAUGGUGAACAAGCUUCUGAGCUUUGCUUUGUACUACUUGAACAAGCUUCUUAUCAUAGGAGAGUUUAACUAGAACAACGUUCUCAAUCUCGUCUGCCUCUCUCUCUAACUAGUGACGGGCCCAGCCAGUUGGCCGGAUGCAUUUCGUCAACUUCGUAAACAACGGUUGCAAUUAGUAUGCUAGAUAUGUAUUUAUGAUAGUUAUAGGCCUUUAACCACUAAUUAGUUUUUUCCCGAGGUUGUUAGUUCGAGUUUCUUAAGAAAGAACAAAUUCUCUCUUUGUUCAUAUUUCUUUACCUCGGGUCUAAAUCUUAGUUAAACAUUCUUAAUCUUAAAUUUUAGAUAAUAGUAAACUUGUUUUCGUCAAGUCCGUAAACAACAGUAGCAGUAGCAAUUAGUAUGUGAGAUAUGUAUUUAUAGCCAUAUGCCUUUACCCACUAAUUAGUUUUUGCCGAGGUUGUUAGUUCGAGUUUCUCAAUAAAGAAAAAUUCUAUCUUUUUUAAUAAAUCUUUAUAUCAGGUCUAAAUCCUAGUUAAACAUUCUUCAUGUUUAAUUCAAGAUAAUUAAAGUAUAUAAUAUUUCACCAAAUAAUCUUUUAUCUUUGGUCAACCAUACUCGACUAUAAACUAACAAAUUCCCCAAGGAUCCUUAAUUACAUGCUAGCCUAAGUCCUUAAUUAAGAUUUUUAUACAUUGAUAAAGACCAUUCUAGAUCAUUUGCUGACCUUCAUCAACUAAGACGCUUAAUUCUUAGUCAUUCUCCUCAAACAUAUGCUUAUACGCAACACAGAAGGUGAAUUAAAGUUAAUAUAAAGU